AUGGUUCGCGAUCGGCUAGCCGAAUUACAGAUGAAAGGCAAGGUGACUGACCGCUUUGAAGAGGUCGAACUUGGCCCAACAUCCUCGCCAUCACCAAAUCAGUUCAUGGAUCGAGUUGGGCAUAUCCGAGCAAUGCUCAACGAUCUUCAAGAUGACAUCUUUGAGUUGAAAAGGAAACAAGAUCACGUAUUAUCGCUUGCAGUUGUGAAUGUCGAACAUAAAAUUGAAUUAGAAGAUCAAAUCAGACGGAUACGUGAGCGGGUGAGAAAUCUGCAGCCACAAGUGCAAGCACUGGAAGAGGAGUUGAAACAGUUUGAGAAAGUUUCCAAGUCCGGCGCAGAGGUGCGAAUGCGGCGUAAUCAAUGUGACAUGGUGCGUAAAAAGAUGCAGGACGUGAUCCGACUUUUUAAUGAUCAACAAUUGAACUACAAGGAUCGAGUGUCAAGACGAGUGAAGCGCAGUCUCGAGCUAGCCGGUGAAAAUUUGCCCGAUGAGGAGGUGGACGCAAUGUUGAACUCUCAACAACAAAUUUUUUUCCGAGAAGUCAAUCCAUUGACAAUCGCUGGUCGAAUGGCGUUGGAAGACGCGAAACAAAGACAUGGAGAGAUCCUUGAACUGGAGGAGAGCUUGAGGACUUUGCAGGAGAUGUUUGAGGAUAUGUAUAUGCUUGUACAUGCACAGGGUGAAAUGGUUGAACGUAUCGAUAAAAAUAUCGAGAAUGCUCGCUAUGAGGUUCAACAAGCUGCCGUCAAUACGAAAACCGCGGUUGAGUACAAGAAAUCGGCGCUACGAAAGAAAUGGUUGUGCAUUACGGCUUUGAUUCUUUUGAUUAUCAUUCUCAUCGCUGUGGCCAUUAUUUUGGCGGUCGUUUUGACAGGGAAAGGGGGAAGCUCGAAUAGUGGC